CAGUUACCAGUCACCAGCAGGCAAGGCAUACAGAUUCUGUCUUGAGGUGACUGUCGUCGUCUUGGAAGCAGCAGCCGGUAGCCACCGACCAUGAGGAGUGCGGCGGCAAUGUGCUUCCAGGAGCACGGGCUAGCAUUCCAGGUGGUCGCCGACGGCGGCAGGGGCCAUGGCGGCGGCGCAACCGCGGCACCGUGGUGGGCGACUACUGCUCAGGGGUUUGCCGCUAAGUUUCCGAUCAGCUUCAGCUCUGGCGAUUCUGACCCUCCGCAAGACCACAAAUAUCAUGAGCCUUCCGCAGCAGGCAUGGCCGCCUACCCGGAGUUGCACAAGUACCAUGGCCCUUUCGAUCUGGCAUUUGGGCAGUCCAUGGUGUGGAGCAACAAUGCCGGUGCUGGUCAGCGGCAGAGCUAUGGUCUGUACUCUCCAUAUGGAGCUCAAGCUAUGCACGGCAGGGUGCUCCUGCCGCCGGCGGUCGCCGCCAAGGAGCCGGUCUACGUGAACGCCAAGCAGUUCAAAGGCAUCCUCCGGCGGCGCCUGGCCCGCGCCAGGGCGGCUAGGGACCUCAGGGCCUCCAGGAACCGCAAGCCGUACCUCCACGAGUCGCGGCACCUGCACGCGCUCCGCCGCGCGCGGGGCUCUGGCGGCCGCUUCCUCAACACCAGGAGCCUCGCCGCCGGCGACCCGGCGCCCCCGGGAGGACCUGAGCCUACUGAGGACAGCGCGUCGAAGGCGGCAACGCUGCACCCGGUGCAGGACCGCCAGGACGUCUUCCACUCGUCGUUGACGAACAUGGCCGGCGACGGCGAUGGGAGGUGGGCCUGCGCGGCGCCACGGGGCUGCCGCGACCUGCUCAAGGCGUGACGGCGGCGGCGGGCGGCCAGGCGCAGAGAGCCCUCGCCGCCGCCUGGUGGCUCUAGGACGGCAACUCAUUCUUGGAUCCGGGUUAUCCGGGUAUGUGGUUCAGCGGUUGUGUUGCAGGGGCAGUGAAAGAGGCAGCAGCUUCUCCUGCACCAAACCAAGAUGAACCAGUGUUCCUGACUUCCUGUAAAACCUGCAAGUUCAUUUGAUGCAUAUGCAGACACUAAAGGUUCAUGUUUGAAAGCUAUUGUCCUGUUCAAUUAGACGGAGAUUCAUGUGCGCUGA